GGCAGAGUGCUUUGGCAGAGCGCAGAAACAGACGCACACAGCAGCGCUGGGCGCCACUGAGACACAGGCAGCAAGCAAGAUUGCCGGCGUCACGGCAACAGUGCUCAUCCGACACCAUGACAACAGCCACGAGCUCGUGCUGAGCCUCCACCGGCGCUGCGCCGCAGGAGUAGCCAGGAGACGAGCUGGGACCGAGAGUCCACCGCGUCGCCAGGAGAAGCCAUUCAUCCACAGCGGUCUCCGGAGUGAACCCCCCCACCCCUAAACCCCCCCCGGGGAGAGCGGGAAAGAUGCAGCUGCACGCUGAAGGCGAGCACGCAACCCCGCACCGGACUCGCCGCCCCGCGCCGCCCCAUGCACUCCCUCCUCGACGCUGACGGCUCUGCCUCCGCUCCUCAUCUGCCCCAGCACCAUGAGGAUUUCCUGAGACCCCCCCCCCCCGGUGUCGCCCAGCUUCACACGGUGGAGGAACGAACCAUGUAAGCGGCCACAUCAGGCGUCACAGUAACUGGUGAUGUGAAACCAGCAGGCUCGAUUACCAAAUGCAGGCAGUGACUCUGCACGAUGAACCCAAUGGCACAGCUGUACUACAAGAAGGUGAGCUACUCGCCAUACCGCGACCGCAUCCCGCUGCAGAUCGUGCGGGCGGAGGCGGAGCUGUCGGUCGAAGAGAAGGCCUACCUGACGGCAGUGGAGAAGGGUGACUACGCCGGGGUCAAGCAUGCCCUGCUAGAGGCUGAGAUCUACUACAACAUCAACGUGAACUGCAUCGACCCCCUUGGACGUAGUGCCCUGCUCAUCGCCAUCGAGAACGAGAACCUGGAAGUGAUGGAGCUCCUCCUCAACCACGGGGUGUAUGUGGGCGACGCACUUCUCUACGCCAUUCGCAAGGAGGUGGUGGGAGCCGUGGAACUGCUGCUGUCCCACCGCCGGCCCAGCGGGGAGAAGCAGGUCCCCUCGCUAAUGAUGGACAGCCAGUUCUCGGAGUUCACCCCUGACAUCACGCCCAUCAUGCUGGCCGCUCACACCAACAACUACGAGAUCAUCAAGCUCCUGGUGCAGCGCGAGGUCAGCAUACCGCGGCCGCACCGCAUCCGUUGCGACUGCGUGGAGUGUGUCUCCAGCUCCGAGGUGGACAGCCUGCGGCAUUCUCGCUCCCGCCUCAACGUCUACCGGGCGCUGGCCAGCCCGUCACUCAUCGCCCUCUCCAGCGAGGACCCCAUCCUCACCGCCUUCCGCCUGGGCUGGGAGCUGAAGGAGCUGAGCAAGGUGGAGAACGAGUUCCGGCAGGAGUACGAGGAGCUGUCUCAGCAAUGCAAGCGCUUUGCCAAGGACCUGCUGGACCAGGCACGCAGCUCCCGUGAGCUGGAGAUCAUACUCAACCACCGCGAUGAUCACAGUGAAGAGCUGGACCCCCGCGAGUGCCACGACCUGGCCAAGCUGAAACUGGCCAUCAAGUACCAUCAGAAGGAGUUUGUGGCCCAGCCUAACUGCCAGCAGCUGCUGGCCACCCUGUGGUACGACGGCUUCCCUGGCUGGCGACGUCGCCACUGGGCUGUCAAGCUGCUCACCUGCUUCGUCAUCGGCCUGCUCUUCCCCGUCUUCUCCCUCGUCUACCUGCUGGCCCCGAAGAGCUCGCUGGGCCACUUCAUCAAGAAGCCCUUCAUCAAGUUCAUCUGCCACACAGCCUCCUACCUGACCUUCCUCUUCCUCCUGCUGCUGGCCUCGCAGCACAUUGUGCGCACCAACCUGCACAUGCAGGGCCCCCCGCCCACUAUCGUGGAGUGGAUGAUCCUGCCCUGGGUGCUGGGCUUCAUCUGGGCAGAAAUUAAGGAAAUGUGGGAUGGAGGCUUCACCGAGUAUGUGCACGAUUGGUGGAACCUGAUGGACUUUGCAAUGAACUCACUCUACCUGGCCACCAUCUCCCUGAAAAUCGUGGCCUACAUCAAAUACAACAGCUCACGUCCGCGGGAGGAGUGGGAGAUGUGGCACCCAACUCUAAUCGCCGAGGCCCUCUUUGCCAUCGCUAACAUCUUCAGCUCUCUGCGGCUCAUCUCGCUCUUCACGGCCAACUCGCACCUGGGCCCGCUGCAGAUCUCACUGGGCCGCAUGCUGCUUGACAUCCUGAAGUUCCUCUUCAUCUACUGCCUGGUGCUGUUGGCGUUCGCCAACGGACUCAACCAGCUCUACUUCUACUACGAGACCAAGGCGUCGGAUGAGCCCAACCACUGCAAGGGCAUCCGCUGCGAGAAGCAGAACAACGCCUUCUCCACGUUGUUCGAGACCUUGCAGUCCUUGUUCUGGUCAGUAUUCGGCCUGCUCAACCUGUACGUGACCAAUGUGAGGGCACGCCAUGAGUUCACGGAGUUUGUGGGGGCCACCAUGUUUGGGACAUACAACGUCAUCUCCCUGGUGGUGCUCCUCAACAUGCUCAUUGCUAUGAUGAACAACUCCUACCAGCUGAUUGCCGACCACGCUGACAUCGAGUGGAAGUUCGCCAGGACCAAGCUGUGGAUGAGCUACUUUGACGAGGGGGGCACACUGCCCCCACCCUUCAACAUCAUCCCCAGCCCCAAGUCCAUAUGGUACCUGUGCAUCUGGCUGCAUGGUCGGCUGUGUGGCAAGGGACCGGCGCCAACGGACGAGCAGAGGAAACAUGAGAACUUGAAGGAGUUUACGGAGCGCCAUGCUGACAACUUGAUCCAGAACCAGCACUAUCAGGAGGUCAUUAGGAACCUGGUCAAGAGGUACGUCGCCGCCAUGAUCCGGAGCGCCAAGACCAAUGAAGGGCUCACGGAAGAGAACUUCAAGGAGCUGAAGCAGGACAUCUCCAGCUUCCGCUAUGAGGUGCUGGACCUGCUGGGGAACAGGAAGCUACCACGGCGCACCUACUCCUCCAGCAGUGACAUCACCCUCAAGGACGAGGCUACUGAGAGUGGCGAUGAUGGGAUAGGCCCAGGGGCAGCACUGAGCCUGGGCAGAGACAGUGGGCGGGAUGGUGGCAAAGGGAAGGGCGUGACCUUCAACCUGUCGUCAUCCGGCAGGAAGAGCCGCGAGGCGGCGUUCAGUGUAUCCGCCCUCUUCAAGUCCAUGUCGGCCUUUGGGGUGUCGGUGGAGGACAAACCAAAGAGCAACGGGCUGAAGAAGUCCUCCUCGUCCUCACCACCCCCUCCCGACCCCGCCUCCUCCUCCUCGUCUGUCCGGAAUGGGGGCAGGUUCCAGCGCCUGGCCGGCACCAAGAGGGACUCUCUGAAGCGCAUAGGGCUGCUGUUCUCUCGCAUGAACGGCCACGUGCCAGAGCCACACUGCGAGGCCGCCUACAGUAUCUCCGACGGCCUGCUGCAGCCGCCCGCCACCUGGCCCGACCUCAGCUUCACCCCCGAGCGCCAUGUCACGCGCAGUGAGGUGAACCUGAGCCGCCUUGGCACUGCGGGGGGCCAGCAGGACCCGGCAGCAGUGCUCCAACCCGACCGCACCCCCCCGUCCUCCCUGCACUGCUCUUCCAGCUUCGCUGCCUCCAGCUCACACCUCCUGGACUCUAGUGAGGACGUGUUCGAGGGUUGGGCAGGGCCCUGCGAUGGGCUGGACUCCUCCCACUGGGAGGCAGAGCAAGAGGAGUCGGUGACAACAAAGCUAUAAAGCAGGCCUGCCGGCACGCUGAGGGACACUGACGUGACCGGUGGAGCUUUGCCGGUCUGCACACCGGUCUGCACGUCUGACACAAGCUUGUGGACCGCACCUGCAGCCGGGCCAGCAGGGCAGGCACGCAGCAGGGCAGGCACGCAGCAGGGCAGGCACGCAGCAGGGCAGGCACGCAGCAGGGCAGGCACGCACGCAGCAGGGCAGGCACGCACGCAGCAGGGCAGGCCGGACCAUGCACGCUUACCACGUGAUACCCAGGGCUCCUUUAUUAAACACUAUUAUUAGCUUAGAAGGAAAACAGAAAAAUGACAAAAAAACAAACGAAGAGCUUAGUUUAUUGCAAUAGUAGUAUGAACAUAGCUGACACCCACGUCAAAGGCUUUCAUCCUCCACCUGCCUGUGGAAUUUUCUGUAACCUGAAAAUACCCUUUUCCAUCAAAAAAUAACCAAUUUAGCUCAGAAAUAGCAUUACCUUGAUGUUUAUGUUGAUGCGAGGGAUCACAAGGUUGACCCUUGGUGUCGAACCUCAUUCCCUCGCUGGGGCUGGUAUUCGUGGCGUCUGGAUGAACCGUUGAUGAGCCGGGAAUCGCGGGAGCCAUCCCUGGGGGCCCUGUGCCGCUGCCAUGCACCCCCUGCUCCCCGCCAGGGCUGACAGGUGCCGCCGGGGGCAGCCCCGGAGGAAUGGAAGUUGGCACUGUGAGCGGACCGGCUGAGCAGUCAGGAGACGCCGUUUCCCAUCUGGCUACUUUUUAUACCUGGGUCGUCCAUCUGCGACGGCGGCAUAGAAACACCAACCCAUCCGCUUUUGCCAAAGCAUCACUGUCAAAUAGCACCCCCUGUUGGACAUCCUGCAGUAAAAGGGAAACAUCUUCACUUUUAAGGGGUGCUGUAGAACCCACUGUGAAGCGGUAUGCAGGGAGAUCUCACAGGGGUGAUCCUGCCAGCUUGCAGGCAGUGGCUGUGCCAGGACAGGUGGUGGUGGUGGUGGUGGGGGGGGGAGUGUCAGUGUCCCUCAUUAAUUUUGACCAUUCAGCCUCAUCACUGUGUCAGUCCUCUUCAGAUGAAUGAGUCUGAAAUAGAAUCCAAACUGGUUUUAUGAAUGACUUCACAUGCAUGGUGUUCCUAGCACAUUUUCUUACACACACCCAUCUCAUUUUUCCAUGUUCCGUUUUCAGCUACUCUUCUAAGGAAUGGUUUCAUUCAAUACUCAACUUACUUCACAGACGGGAGAAUUUACAAGGUUUAUGAGGGAAUUUUGUUUCUCUUAGAAAAACUUAUUUUUUUAACGCGUGUUCUCAGAAAUGCAGAUUUGUUACGAUUUAUUAUUUUUUUUAAAGACACGUACAAUAAAACACGCCCGAUUGAGUUUUGCCCAUCGAGAAUGUGAGACGUGGUUUUUUUUAGGGUUUUUUUCGUUCUUUGUGAGGCAAGACGCAUCUCCAAGAGCGAUGGCACAGAGAAUCUUCCACAGAAACAUUUCUUAAACCUGUACCAAACGAGCUAAAGCUAACUUUCCUUUCUUUUGAUAAUUCAACAGCACUGUUGACUAAAAAGUAUAUUGAAUAAAAAUAUGGAC